CUUUACGUGUUCUUAUUUUAUUGGCACAGAAAGAAAAGUUCCAUGUUAAUGUGCAUGUCAUAUGCAAGCUUCCAAAUGUUCAACCGGAUUUUAGAAAUAUGCCUUAUUGCUGUGGCAGCUGAUGCCGUGAAGCUUGAACCACUAAUUGACAUACGGCAGAUAUGUAGAACAACCUUGGAAGUUUCGUGCAGUAUGAGUAAUGUGACUUCCACAGUUUGGACAGUAUACAGAUCCCGAAAUGGUUCCGAAAAUACGCAAAAUAUGGCAAAGAUUGAUGACAGGAAAAAAACAUGCAAUGUAACGGCCCUCAAUAGUACAACUCAAUGUAGGUGUGGCGAAAUUAAGCGUGUCAUAUGCAACUUAUCCGAUGGCAUUAUUGCAAAACCUGGGGACAAAUGGUGGUGUGGUGUAUUCGUUGGAGCUACACAUUUUAGCAACAAAACUGUGCAUGAAACCGAAAACAGCGAGGAAUGUACAACGACGAAUGUUCCUCAGCACGUAACCGAAGAAAGUAUAACGUCAUUUUCAACUACAGCUUAUGGGAUGAAGGAAGAAACAGCGGCAGUUUUGAAUGAGGUGGAAGAAAAUGGCACGAUUGAAAGCUUAAAAAACACUACAAUUCAGCAUACAAACAAUGUUGAGGAAAAUGAACAUGGCGGAUCAUACAAAAAACCAGACAUAACCCAGCUAGCUCUUAUGAUUGCCGGACCGUUCGUGGUGUUUGACUUAGGACUCUUUAUGUUUAUAUAUAGGAAGAAACUGAUAUCAUACUUAGGAGGAAAACAUGUUGCCGAACAAAUGUCUUCGGACGAGAAUGCUCCCGGUGAUGGAAACAUAAACAUGGCGGCUGAAUCUAACAAUGAUAGCUUCCCUCAUUGUAAUUCAGCCCAACGGGAACGAGGAACUAUGCGUCAACCAACAACAGCCCCACAUAAGCAGAUAUGCGGCAAAUUAAAUGCUAAUCAGCAAGAAGAUGUAGACUUGGACGAAUGUAUUGAUAAUGACCCUUUGUACAACCGUGUAAAAGAGAAGGCAACAAAGUAUGCAGGUAUUAAUUCAAAACCACAAAGUGGCAAGACUAAAGGAAGCAAUGACUUCAUGUUCGUCCUUUCUCUCGAUGAAGACUCAUCAUACAGUAGCGUCAAAAACAAUAAAAACAUCGAAGAAGGUGCCUGUGGCUUUACCCUACAUGGGGAUGAAUGCACACUUGCCGAUCCGUUGUACAUAGAUAUAGACAGCAUGGCCGAGCAAUCUGCAACCGCUAAAAAGGACAGGCAACUAGGCAAAAUACAGCACAACGAAAACCCACUGUUAAGACCAGGUAACACUGUUACAACGUGUGUAAAUGAUGAUCUACUAUACUCAAAAGCGAUGGAUGACAUUCAUCAUAUAGCAUCAAACAAUCCACUGUACUUGGUGGAAACCAAUACUUUUUCACACAGCGGUUCCAAAAGAAGCAACAACGACGAUCCCCUUUAUUCAGUUAUAAACAAAGACAACGGAAUAUAUUCACUUGCGAAAAAUGUCGACCCCAUGUACUCAACGGUGAGGAAAAAACAAAUAUGUGUACCAGAGCAAUCGGGUGUCUCCUUCGAAGAAGACCCUCUUUAUUCAGUAGUGGAGAAGAAAAACAAAGGUCCACAGAACCAUUGGAAUACAACAGAUCCUCCGGCCUCAAUAUGUUCCAUCUCCGCCAUGCCUCUUUACAGCAAAGUCAAGAAGAAAAAUAGGAACGUUGUAGAUACUGAUGACACAACAGACAGCAACUCUUGAUCACGAAACCACCUGUGCGGUGAAAUAAACAAAUGAACAUAUGUGUAAAUAUAUUCCCGUGGGUUGCAUACCUUCUGGAAUUGUGAUAUCCUAGUACAAGAUGAAAUAUCAAUUAAAUAUAUGACAUUCGAUUAUGUUAUUAUAACAUUGUUAAAAGGAAACUCCUUCCUAUGAAGAUGUGCCAAAUAGUAGCUUUUUAUGUUAUGAACAUGGAUGCAAAUGGAUAUUUUAAUACACCUAAGGAAUGAAAUUAGCCCCCAGUUAAUAAUGCAAUUUAAAUGACUUACAGCUCAUGAGCGACAGACGUUGGCGUAUACCAUCUGUCAAAAUGGUUUGACCAAAUGUAAAUCCGGGUAAACAGAGUGCAGCAGAACAGUUAAUGUAAACAAUACAAGUUUCUACGUUUUCGACCCUAAAUUACAGUUUGGUUAUUGAUUAAUAAAUUUGAAUGUUUAUCAACCACGACAUUUUGUUGCCUGUAAUUUAUAAACAUAUUUUCAGAUUAAAUCAUGUACUUUUGUAAAUAAUUAUGUUUCAAAUGA